AUGUUCCGGCCAAGGUUUCGGAGAUGCUCGUUGCGGCGAUUGAUUCUUUUGGGGUCUGCAUUGCUAAUAUUUCUGAUCUUAGUGGUUAAUUUAACGCCCGCGACUAGGAGGUUGCCACAGUAUACGGGAAGGUAUGAUGUUGGGGUGUUAGAUUUGGAGGUCGAGGUUGAGAAGAGAGUGAUAAAGGGAUUUGGGGAUGUAAUGCUGAAGGGGGUGGGAGAGAAGGCUUUUGAGUUACAAACCCUCGCCCUAACCCUCUACUACCCCUCUACACCCCCCGCACCAUCCCCCAAAUCCCCGCGAUCCCCACCGCACGCUCGCCCCUGGCUACCGCAACCCAUAUCUCUCAUCGGCACCGGCUACGCCCGCAUCGCUAACAUUUAUUUCCCACCUCUCCAAUCGCUCUUCUCAGUCGGUUUAUGGCUCUUUGGUCGCAAUAUCAUGAUCCCUGGGACCGUUGACGCGCCGCUUCUAUCCCCCGGCGAGAUUUCGAAAUUGGCGGUUGAGGGUGGGCGGGAUGGGAAUGGUAAUGGGGGUGGUGGGGUGGAGUUACGAGAGGGGAAGAACGGAGACAGGGAUGGGGAGGAGAAGGGGGAAUUGCCCUGCGUAGUGUUUACGCACGGUAUGGGUAGAAUGUCGCAGAGUUACUCGCAUUAUCUGGGGAGUGUUGCGAGCUAUGGUGUUGUAGUUGCCGCGAUUGAGCAUCGGGAUGGGAGUGGGCCCGGAACCAUUAUUCAUCGGAGUGAUGGAAGUGAGAGGACGGUUUGGCAUUUGGGGCUUAAAGAUCUAGAAAACGACCCCCCAAUGACAGCCCCAUCUCUCAUAGCGGCCCAACUCGCCUUCCGGGAAGCCGAAAUCAAAGAAACGAUCCGCCUCUUCCGUCUCUUAAACGCGGGCCACGGAGACCUCCUCAUCAACCUAAAACCCGAUUCCCCCCGCACCGUUCUCCCAGCUUUCAAAGACCGCCUAAACAUCUCUGCAGUCACCGUAGUAGGCCAUUCGUACGGUGCAACAGGCACGCUUCAAGCCUUGAAGAACGCGCCAAAUGAAGAGAUGCCAAUCAAUGGGGCAAUUGCCCUAGAUCCGGGGAAGCAGAGUGGGAAGUUAAAUACGGAGGUUGGGCUUCCAGUCUUGGUGAUGAAUUCGGGGGCGUGGACGGAGAAGCAGACCAAGUUUUACGAGUUGGGAUGGCAUUUCGUUGUGGUGAAGGACUUAGUUAAAAACAUUAGGGAGGGGUGGUUUAUGACGUUGGCUGGGAGCGCUCAUCCAUCGUGUACCGACGUGCCGCUAAUAAUUCCUUGGAUUAUGAAGAUUGCAACAUGGACGUCGCUUAAUGCGAAAGUCGCGCUGGCGGAAUAUGUUGAUGUGUCGGUUGAGUUUCUAAAUUACUUAAAAAAUGGAGAGAAGAAGGGCGUCCUAAAAAGUCGUAUCCUGAGUCCGGCUGGCCCGCUUGGAGAUUCGAAGAUGCGGAAGAAAAUCAGAGGGACGGAAGGCGCGGCUUGGGAAAUCCAUGUUGUUCCGGAAAAGAAAUGA